UUCUUCUAUCUAUUUAUAAUUGUGAAAAAAAAAUCUGUAGAACAUUCAUAUUGGAAAUUUCUCGCUCUAUCUCAGUAUUUCUCCUUCACUUGAGCUACUAACUAGAAAAUUGGUUUUUAUAGUGAAAAAGUUCAGAUUUUUUUUUUUCAUCUUUGCAGUUUCUUUUAUUAUAUAUCCCUUUUUUGCAAAUAAAAUUUCUCAAUAAUUUUUCAUCCUUAUUGCUUCGAAAACUAACCCCAAUCGUUUCAUCCGCAUAAGGUUGAAUGAAUGUGUAUAUUUGUAUGUGGAAAAGUGCAAAAGUGGGAAGAGAAACUUAUUUUAUUAAAAUUUAUGGUUGAAAAUUGAGUUUUGAAUUUUUUCAAUUCAAUUUUUUCUUUGCUCAUAACUUGCUAAAGAAAAAAGAAAAAAGAGAGAAAAAUAGCAAAAACCACUUUUAAGUUUAAAAGCAAAAAAAAACUGUGAGAGAAAAAAAUGGAAAAUUCGUCUUCUAUUCGACGCCGCACGAGUCGUACUACACGCGAAACAACUCCUGAUCCAAAUCGAACAGAAAAAAUAUCGAAAGUACUUGAACAAGACUUUUCAAAAAAUCGAUCCAUAGAAACAGAUUCUAAUGAAACAAGAUAUGUAGUAAAGGGUAUUUUAAAUGUAGGUCCCCCGUCACCCGUGGGGUCAAUUUCUUCAUCCUCUUCUGGUUCUGGACCUAAUUCUUCAGGAUCACAUGCGUAUCGUGCUAAAAUAUUAAGUAAAAAGGAAAAAAGCAUGGCCCAAGCAGUUCAUAGAAGCCAAUCAUCAUCAAGACAAUCAGCAUCAUGUCAAACGAACAAUGAUAUUUUCACCUACUUACGACGUGCAAAAAGAAGCUUAUCAGCUCCACGAAAGCGUGAAGGCUCUGUUGAGAGUGUAAAACUUACACCACAAAUGCAAGAGAUGAAAAUCUCAUUACUUGAAAAAGAAAAUUAUGAAUUAUCCAAUAAAAGUAAUGGCAACGACGAAAAAAAUGUACUUUUAGAACAUAAUUUGAAACGAUUUGAAGAAGAAAGGCGUCAAUUUGAAAUGGAAAAGCUCAAAUUUCUUGAAGAUAAACGUGAAUUAGACAGAUUAAGGUUGCAACGAUUUGAACGAUAUAAAAGAGAAUUAGAAGCAAAACGUUUAGGAAUAAGACCUAAUUAUGAUAUUGACAAUCCAAAUGACUACAUGGUAGCCAGGAAAAUUAUAAUUGAUUAUAAAGUCAACGAGAAUUUGCAUUCGCAAGAAGCGCAGGAAUCAGGAUCAGAAAGUGAACAAGAAAUCACGGUCGUAGAAAAUUUACAGACAUCAGUAAACGAAAAUAAAUCUAAAGAAUGCCAAAAUGAUAAUGAGGAAAUAGUGUGUAAAAAUGACAAAAAUGAUAACGAAAUUGGGGAGUGUAGUAAGAAUGUUCAGCAAAUAGCCCAAAGUCACCUUAACGGAAAGGAAAUGCUUAACGGUGUAGAAAAAUCAAAUGAUAGAAUAGUACCAGAAAUAGAAAGAAAAAAUAAAGACAAUAAGGAGUACGAAAAAAAUGAUUUCGAUGACAUAAUUCCAAUGCAUUUUUGGCCAUUAUGUAUGCUAUUAUACAAUGAAUUUCGCCACAUAUGGAAAGAGCAUAAAAAGUUAUAUUCAUCCGAAUGGCAUCACAUUUUAUAUGAAUUGAAAAAGUGCAUAUCGGAGUUGCUAAUGCUCAUGAUGCUUUGCGGGACAGGUGGAAUAAUUUUACACUACAUUGAAGGAAAUUUUGAAAUGCUUAACAAAACAGGAGUAAAACGAGUAAAAAGAGAUUUUAUCGAUCAAUUGUGGCUGUCGAGUCAUAAUUUAAGGGAAGAAGAUUGGAAAUCGAUGGCACGUAUAAGACUACGAAAGUUUGAGGAGGAGCUGCAAGCGGCAAUUGAAGGAGGUAUGAUCACGUACAGCGGUCAUACAACAUGGAAUUUUGUAAAUGCAGUACUAUACUGUCUCGAUAUUUCUACCACAAUCGGUAAGCCAAAAAAUGCGGAAGCAUGUGGAUAUGGCCACAUAAGUCCUCGUACUGUGAGCGGUCGCAUCGUAACAAUCGUUUAUGCCAUUAUUGGUAUUCCUAUUUUUCUCAUUCUUCUUGCUGACUUUGGUAAACUCUUUACACGGAUAAUCAAAUUCUUAUGGGUUUUCGUAAGACGACUUUAUUAUACAGGUUCUUGUAGAAAAGUUAGAAAAACAGCACCAGCACAAGAUAUGAUGCGUGGAUUAAAUGCAAUGUAUGAUAUUAUGAAGCGUCCUUCUUUAGCUUUUGAUCCCAAUGUUAUGAGAACUUUUCAGCAACAGCAAGAAAAUAGCAGAGGAGGCCCGCCUGGUGAAUCUCCAAUGACGCCUCUUCCAGAAAAUUUAAAGAAUUAUGAAAUCGACGACGAGUUUAAUUUGCCAAUUUCAGUUGCAAUUAUAAUGCUGGUUGGAUAUAUGAUUUUUGGAGCUGCAAUUUAUUGUAUUUUGGAAGAGGAUUGGACAUUUUUUGAAUCUUUCUACUUUGUGUUUAUUUCAAUUAGCACUAUUGGAUUUGGUGAUUUUGUUCCAUCACACCCACUUUACAUGAUGGCUUCAAUUUUAUAUCUCAUUUUUGGUCUUGCACUGACAUCGAUGUGCAUAAAUGUGGUUCAAGUGAAAUUGAGUGACCACUUUAAACAAGCUAGCAGCAAAAUAAUAGGACUUCAUUUUGCAGAAGCGGCAUCGCAAGGCUCCGUUCCACAAUCAGCAGAGCUGCAAUCAAUACAAUCAACAAAUUUGAAUGAAAACUCUCAACCGACAAAUGUCAUUAUUGCUGACAAAAACACAAAAAACACAAACUCAACAAUGCUGUGAACAAUCUGUGUAUAAAAUAAAAUAUAGACAAAAAUUAAAGUGUGAUGUGCUUUUUUAUUUGUUGACAAGUAUCGCAAUAUAUUUUUAACAAUCUGUACAGAAAGUGUCUAUCAAUAAAAUAAAAGAUGAUUAUAACAAAAAAGUUUAUUGAUGAUAAUGAUGGUUAUUUAAUGUCGG